AUGGAGCUAAUUUAUUUUAGCAAUCGCCCUUCCGGAGAACCGCCCCUCACUCUGGAUACAAUUCCAGUUGAGAUCCUCCAUCACAUCUGCACAUUCUUUUGCGACCACUGCAAUCCGAAGAAAUCUCAUAUUGAGAACUCUAUGAACUACAACCCAAACAAGGGCAAGAAAGACUUGCUCAACUUGUGUCUAACAUCACGAGCCUUGUGCGCCGUGGCUCAAGGCGUGCUCUUCCAUCACUUCUCAUUCGGACGUCACCUCAACCACAGUGGCCCUGUGGCAUUCCGGCUCGCUGCCGCGUCUUUCCUCCAGGCCUUGUCGAACAAGCCACACCUCCGGGCCGUUGUCAAGGAACUGAUGAUCAAGACCAAGAGGGAUACCAUGUAUCCGAAGGUUCUUGACUUUGGUUCACUGACCGAGGCCGACCAGCAUAGUGCAGACCUCCUCCGAAACUUGGGAGCCCAGAUCGGUAUCCCGUUCCGCUACCAUGAACUGCAGCCCGAAGACUUGCGCGAGGCAAUGGUCCAACUCAUGAUAGCAGCGUGCCCUAAUCUCUCCAAGGUAGAGAUCCAGAUCCCACGCUAUUGGGCCUUUGAUAAACUUGUGGAACGCAACUACACAAAGAGCACUAACCAACUGCCACUUUGUUCGCUUCAGACGCUGGACGCACUUGUUGAGAGACUUCCCACCGACAACUGCAGAGUUCCCCACGAGCUGUGCAACAUGGCCGCUUUUGCAAGUCCCUCGGAGCGUGCUCUCAUUGCCGGUUCGGCUUCAAGACUCGAGACACUGAAGUGUACACUCGGUGCUCUAGAGAACACUCCCGAUAUGCCGCGACUGGAGGUUCUCAAAUUGGAUGUCCGGGGUUCAUACUCUGACUUGAAGGCGCUGUUCGCGAAGAUGCCCAAGCUUCAGGAGCUGACCUACUGCUCGUCUAACAAGCACGGUCCGCUUCCCAUCGAGGUCAACACUGCCUUGAGAGACCACCACCGCGAGACCCUGGAGGUUCUGGCGAUCCAUUUCUGGAAGGCCGAUUACGAGGACCUUGUCAUCCUGGAUCCAACCAUCGACAACACCGAGUUCCGCCUCGGUCUCGUGAACAACUUCACCAACCUCAAGACGCUCAUCAGGAUCCGCGAAGCCCGCGAGAAGACGUCCCACGAGGAGCCCUUCCAAACCAUCAGCGAUACCAUCCCGGAGUCCCUCGAGAUGCUCUGCGUCCACGCCCUCGACAUGGUUUCCCAGCCUGACUACACGCCCCUGUUUGAAGUGGCGGACAGGGUUCGCGAGGGUCGGUUCAAGGCCCUGAAGCAUAUCCUGUGGACCAGGAAGCAGAGCCGGAGUUACCCGUCUGGGCUCGGCUAUCUUGAGCCUCAGGAUGAUAUCCGGAAGAGCGGAGUGUAUUAUAUUGGCGCGGUGGAACCUGAGACUGCGGUGGCCUUGAAGAAGAGAUACCCUAUCUUGAUGACGAUGCAGCAUAACUACUAUGUCUAA